AGAGCUCGCUGAGUGAGGAGGGACUCAGCGAGAGCCGCUGCUCGCUCGGAGGCUGCCUCACACCGGAAGGAUGCAGGCGAUGAAAGAAAUGAUUUCAGUACAGUUAAUUAAGAAGCGCUCCACAUGUGCUUUUAAGAUGCGUGGGGGAAAAUGAAUUCAGAGUCACUGGGGCAGCUCUUCAAGGUGAAGAACUGAAGAAGAUUUGAAUUCUCCUUUUUUUUCCUGAUUCCAGCUGGACUGUUAUUUCUAAAACACUGGACUGUUGCUAUCAAAGUGUGGAGCAGCGAGGCAGAGUCAACAGAGUUCUAUCCUCCAGCCAAAAUCAGAGUUUCUGAUGGGAUCAACAUAAUCAGAAAAAAUGGAUGGAUUUAUGGCAUACUGUUGAGAUAUUUGCAAACUGAUUGUUGGGUUGCUCAGCAGAUGUGUCCGGUCAUGUCCUGGCUGCUCUGUCUGUGCCUCUGGGUCAGUGUAACGGCCAUCCUGCUGUGUCAGGCUACAUUCUACGAGACCAUACAGCAGCAUCCUGGGACAAGGCCUGGCCGGACCACAAUUCACAUGAUAGAGGGUGGGACGUGUGAAGUAAUAGCUGCACACAGAUGCUGUAAUAAGAACCGAAUUGAAGAACGGUCACAGACGGUGAAGUGCUCCUGUCUGCCUGGGAAGGUAGCUGGAACUACAAGAAAUAGACCUUCAUGUGUGGAUGCAUCCAUAGUAAUUGGGAAGUGGUGGUGUGAGAUGGAGCCUUGCCUGGAGGGAGAGGAAUGCAAGACACUUCCUGACAACUCAGGCUGGAUGUGUUAUGCUGGAAACAAGAUCAAAACCACAAGGAACACUCAGCCAUACACAACAUCGACGUAUUAACAUUUGGUUGGAGAUGAUGUACUGGAAUACCUCUGGUUCAAAGCUCUGUCAUUGGACCAAUUAUCACAAGAGACAAUGAGCCUAUUGUUUAUUAAAAAAAAAGUGAACACUUUCAAUUCAAAGUGUUAAAAGAUGUUGAACACAUAAAGCAUAUCUUGCUGUGGCUCCUGAAAAUACCGACACUCCAAGCAGCCUGCAAGGAAUUUCAUCGCAACCCUCUAAUGAAUCUAUUUUCAUUUUCUAUUUCUUUCAACUUUGACAUGGAGAACGGCUGUCUCUGCAUUUGGAAAUAUACUUUGGAAGUGACUGCUUAGUGAGACGGAUGUCAAAAGACCCAAAACAGGACAAAAAGCUAUCAAAGGACAGUGCAAGUGCUGAUGUUAACAACCUUCAGGAUUCUAUUCCUUUUUUUUAAUAUUGUGGAGUGUAAAAUAUUGUGCAUAAAUUGUUUGUCUUUUCCAGUGGGCAUAAAACCUUAAUUUAAGCUGUUGUUAAAUCUUCUCUCUUCCUCUUACAUAUCACAUCAACCAAAAAAGCCAAAGGUUGAUGAAAUCGAAUGAAUCGAUUGAAAUGCAUUCUGAAAGAAAUGUUUGUUUGUCCUGAAACAUUUUACCAAUAGUGUGUGGGCUACAUGCAUACUUUCUAUCACCUCCUAAAUGGCUUUACGAAUUGAACUUGCAACCAUUCAUGCUAGAACUGAGGAACCCAACCGAGCAAUCAGUGGGUUGUUAUCAAUCCUAGAAAUGCCUUAUUUAUGGUAAAUGGUUCAAAUGAAGAUUUUGUACAUAUGAAACCGUUCAUUGAUACGUGCUGAAUUCCAUUAAAAUUGUUGUUCCUGUAACUUACUUGCA